GCUCUCAACUUAGUGGAAAGAAUAUAUAUCUAUCAAGAUAGCGCACCUUUUCUUUACUUUUCUUUCUCUCUCUCUCUCUCUCUCUCUCUCUCUCUCUCACUAUUUGCUGGGUCUGGAUCUAGAAUAAUAAUUGAUGGAUGUUAUUUUUGGGUUCUCAUCUACAGUCAUUAGUGUUUAGGGUUUGGAAGUAAGAUUCUUGGCUAAAUUUGGCAAAAUGCCGCCAUUUUUGUCACCAAAACAGGUCUUUGUUUUAACCCAAAUUAGCCACAUUAACCUCCAUAAAUAGCAGAAUUCCCCUUUUGCACAUAUUAAGUGUUUUUUCUUUUCUUUUCUUUUCUGUUUCUUUUUGUUGGGUUCACUUAUCAUCACAUACAUAUACACAUGUGUGAUGUGGGUUUAGUCCUUGUCUGAGAAAAAGAGUUGAAGAAGAAAAAAUAAGGAAGAAAGAGGAAGAUUCUCUAAUCUCUAUCUAAGAAAAACCAAGUGUUUUUUUAAUUUGAAAAAAAAAAGAGAAGAAAAUCGAUCGAGGAGAUAUGGCUAGGGAGAAGAUUCAGAUAAGGAAGAUCGAUAACGCGACGGCGAGGCAAGUGACGUUCUCCAAGAGGCGAAAAGGUCUUGUCAAGAAAGCUGAAGAGCUCUCUGUUCUUUGCGAUGCUGAUGUUGGCCUCAUCAUUUUUUCUUCUACUGGCAAACUCUUUGAAUACUCCAGCACAAGCAUGAAAGAAAUUAUAGACAGGCAUCACUUGCACUCAAAGAAUCUUGAGAAACUUGAACAACCAUCUCUUAAGUUACAGCUAGUGGAGAACAGCAGUUACUCCAGGUUGUGCAAGGAAAUAUCAGAGAAAAGCCAUCGCCUUCGGCAAUUGAGAGGAGAAGAACUCCAUGGAUUAAACAUAGAAGACUUGCAGCAGCUAGAGAAGUCCCUUGAAGCUGGACUAAACCGAGUCAUGGAAAAGAAGGGUGAGAAGAUUAUGAAGGAAAUCAAUGAGCUUCAAAUGAAGGGAAAGAAAUUGAUGGAAGAGAAUGAAAGAUUAAGACAAGAAGUGGCGGAUAUGUCUAAUGGGCGAGCCAGACAAGUAGUUGGAACUGAUUCGGAGUAUGUGAUCACUGAAGAGGGCCACUCAUCGGAAUCUGUCACCAAUGUAUAUACCUCCAAUGGCCCUCCCCAAGAUUACGACAGUACUUCCGAUACAUCUCUCAAGUUGGGGCUACCGUACGGUGGGUGAUUGUGGAUCGUGGGUGUCUAACUAAAUGCAAAGUUAGAUAUACUGUCUACAAAAGUUUGACCAGCGAAUUAAUUAACCAAUGUGACUGUUAAUUGAUUUUGUGUCAUGAAUUCUCUCUCUCUCUAUAUAUAUAUAUAAAUGUAUAAUUUAUAUCUAUAAUUACGAUCAUAUAUUCAGCUCCAAUAUUAAGUUGAACUAUAAUUGUAAUUGUAUUUAUUAUGAGCUCCAUGUUUUUGUCAA